AUGUCUGCUUACAAUAAGGAAGAUGUUGAAGCAUCGGCCAAACCUGAUAACAAUUCUAAUAAAAAGACAAAGGUCAAUGAUACCCGUGGUGGUAGUAAUGUUAGAAGUUGGAUUUGGUUGUACUUUGAUCCGAUGUUUGUUGAAGGUGUAAGACAUGCGGAUGCUAAAAAAACAUCAACAUAUCUGAGACAUGUAAUCGCAGAUGUACCUACUCGCUGGAAUUCCAGCUACCUGGCAUGGUGCCGUCUUUUGGAGUUAGAAAAAUAUAUUCGUGUGCUAGAGGUUGAAUUAGCUAAGGAUACAAGCCCUGAUUCUAAAAAAGAUUCACAACAUCUGACUAAAAUAAUGUUGACGAAAGAUGAGUGGGAUUUGCUUCGUGAUCUGAUUCCAGUUUUGGGCCCCUUUGAGGAGGCGACUAGAUACCUUGGUGGUAGCAAAUACGUUACUUACAGCACAAUGAAUCCUAUAAUGAUCCAUAUCAUUAACAUACUCAAACCCACACCAGCAUUAUCGGAGGAAUUAAACGUUGAAACUAUCAAGGAUAUUUUUACGGAACUUGAAAUUUGUGAUGAUGAGAAUGAUUCACCGAAAAGGAUAGACUUAGACAAACCCAUUCAGACAGUCGGAAUUUUGGAGAAGGUCAAGAAAACUUUGUACCGUGCAAUGCGUUAUUAUUGGAAAAAAGAUAAUAACGAAUCAUAUUUACCUUCCAUUAUCGAUCCUCGUGUCAAAAGGUUUGAUUUUGCGCCUGACAAAAUCAAACCAGUUCAGGAUUUGUUGAGAGUCAGAUAUCAUGAUAUGAAAGAUAAUCUAUCAACAGCAAAUCUAACAUCCACUACUAACAUUUCAUUACCCACUUCCUACUUUCAUAACACUACUGUUUCUCCGUUUUACAAACCAACACUUUUAAACAUAUUUAACAAUUCAUCACCUCUUAAUUCACAGAAUGAGCCGGAUGAAUACCUUGCGGUUCCACAGAUACCUUUUGGGUCUGACCCAUUCGCGUGGUGGAAUAUGAAUAAAGAUAGGUUCCCCACGCUAAGCAAGUUGGCGCGUAUUUACCUCGCAGUUUCGGCGACGUCAACACCUUCCGAAAGGUUAUUCUCAGACUGUG